AUGGCUGCUUGGCUUGGUUUCUUGGGUUACCAUUGCCAUGCAGCGGUUGUUUCUCUUUCUCUAGUCAUAGCCUUAGUUCAUGGAGAUAUUGAAGGGAAGAAAAAUCAAGUGAAAAACUGUGAUUUUUUUCAAGGAAGUUGGGUUUUUGAUCACUCUUUAAACCCUCUCUAUGAUUCUCCGAGUUGUCCAUUCAUCGGAGGCGGCUUUGAUUGCCAGAAAAAUGGCAGACCUGAUAAGAAUUACCUCAAGUAUAGAUGGCAACCUAAUGGCUGUGACCUCCCCAGGUUCAAUGGUAUUGAUUUCUUGGAGAAAUAUAGAAACAAGAAGAUAUUGUUUGUGGGGGAUUCUCUAAGUAACAACAUGUGGAGAUCACUGAUUUGCAUGCUACAUUCUGCAGUCCCAAACUCUAACUCCAUCUUUGGCUCACAAGGGCUGCUCUCAACAUUUUCAUUGCCGGAUUAUGGGGUUUCAGUUAACUGGCUGAAAAAUGGGUUCCUGAUUGAUAUGGUCUAUGAAAAAAUUGGUAGAGUUUUGAAGCUUGAUUCUAUCAGUACUGGAAAUCAGUGGCUUGGAGCUGAUGUCUUGAUCUUCAAUAGCUAUCACUGGUGGACUCACUCUGGACGUUUGCAAACAUGGGACUACUUUCAAUAUGGAAACAAGACAGUGAAAGACAUGGAUCACAUGGAAGCCUACAAGAUUGCCAUGACAACUUGGGCUAAUUGGGUUGAUAAGAAUAUUGAUCCUUCAAAGACUAGAGUCUUCUUCCAAGGAGUUGCAGCAGUUCAUAUGAAUGCCAAGGAAUGGAAUGAUCCAAACCAUAGAGAUUGCAGUGAACAAACAGAACCAGUGAAGGGAUCAACAUAUCCAGGCCCUGGUGUGCCAGGGGAAGCUAUUCUAAAGAGCGUAUUGAGUAAAAUGACUAAACCUACCUAUCUACUUGACAUUACUUUGCUAACACAACUAAGAAAAGAUGGCCACCCUUCCAUCUAUGCUGGCGGAAGCCCUAAGUUAAUUGAUUGCAGCCACUGGUGUCUUGCUGGUGUGCCUGAUACUUGGAAUCAACUAUUAUAUGCAGCUUUGCUUCAGUAGUAUUUCUUUUUCCCAUCUUUUUUUGGAGGAAUAUUUAUCAACUAGUAACAGCCACAUUGGUUGUUUGUAAUGAAAUAAAUUUUAGUAGAUAUAAAAGGAAAAUCUUACUCAUUACUGCCAUUG